AUGGCCUCAUCACCCAUGAGUGUGCAUGAUCCAAUGGGAAAUUCCCACAACAGAGGAAGAACAAAAACGAAGCAAGUAAUUGAAAAGGAAGGUGCAAGCACCUUUAACUCCAGAGAUGAAAAUGAAUGUGCUGAAGAGAUAGAUGAUGGAGGAUUAAGGGAUUUUCAGAAAUCAAAAUUGAAGAGGCAGGAAGUAAUGAAAAACUUAACAGAUGUGAUUAAACCAAAGUUAGAUGUCAGAAAGGAAGGAUAUGUAGAAGAAGAAAAGAGUAACCAAACAGUGCAUGGCACUAGCAACGGUAAGCCUUCUAGUGAUCAAUGCCAAAGUAUAUUGAAUGCUGCUUUAGAAGCUCAGCAAAGAAAUCUGCAUAAAAAUCAUGCUUCAACUCAAGAUACUGUAUCAAGUGAUGAUGGAAGGGAUCCAGGAAGUACAUUUGAUGAUGGCCAUGAACAACAAAGUGGUUUAAACCAAGCUAAUGGGACAUGUGAUGUUGCUGAUGGUGCAGAUCAUAGUAUUCAUGACCUUGAAUUGAGAGAGUCUUAUACACCAAACUCUCUAGGUCAAGGUACUGGGUCCUUUACUUCUUGUCAAAACAAACCUGAUACUAACCCUAGUACAAAUACAAAUUGUGGUAAUGAAGGAGCUGAAAGCAUCAGGAAAAAUCCAGCUCAGCAGAGGAAUAUAAGAAGUACAUCUGAUGAUGGCCAUGAACAACAAAGUGGUUUAAACCAAGCAAAUGGGACAUGUGAUGUUGCUGAUGGUGCAGAUCGUAGUAUUCAUGACCUUGAAUUGAGAGAGUCUUAUACACCAAACUCUGUAGGUCAAGGUACUGGGUCCUUUACUUCUUGUCAAAACAAACCUGAUACUAACCCUAGUACAAAUACAAAUUGCGAGAAUGAAGCAGCUGAAAGCAUCAGGAAAACUCCAGCUCAGCGGAAAACUCCUGAGGAACAGAAUGAUUAUUCUCGUACUUCAUCUGCACCUCCAAUGCCUCAGUCAAAGAUAGAAUCUCGAACUCCUGAAACUGCGCAGAUAGUUCCUAGUGCAAACCCGAAAGGAUUGGGGGAAGAUGGAAAGGAAAAGAAGGGUAAGAGAAAAAGAAAAAGAAAUUCAGUGAAGAUGAUUUUCCAAGACCCACACCCAUUCUCUAGUCAUUAAGUCAAGCAGAGUUUUCUUUAAACAAAGAACUUUCAUUUUAACUGAAUGGCAGCUCCCUGGAGCUGCUAAAAAUGGAGCAAUUAUGAAUUUCAGUUCAAAAGUAAUAAUUGUUUAUCUCCACCAAUCUUGAUGAGUGUUUCGGAAUUUUUAUACCACAUUCCUUUACCAAUCAAGUGUAAAACUAAAACCAAUUGUAGCUCUCAACCACACUUAGCAAUGUUUAUUUUGAGUCCCUAUCAGUCCCUAAGGAUAUUUUUCUUAUUUUCGCUGAUUGGUUUUAAUGUACUUGUUUGCUUUUGCUUUGCUAGUUUUUGAGAAAAAAGAGGAAGGAAAUGCUGCAGCUCAACAGUCUACAGGUUAAUCUUUCUACAUUUGAGAUGAAUAUAACAUUUAAUGCCUUGAGUUGAGUAGGUGGGACCUCUUGCUAGCAGAGACAGUAAAACUAGUGGCAGACAGGAAAAAACAGAAUGAGAAGAGAAAGAUCACUUUCCCUUUCUACUACACCUGCCUUGCUACUCCAACCUUGUUUUAUGGCUUGGUUGCCUAAAUUUUGGUGUAACAAUGGUUCUAGCUGCUACAGAGGCUUGCAUAUCAUCAAAAGCACAACUUGUUCAUUUUUGAGUAGUGUGGAUAAUGCUAAUAUAAUAUCUGCCUCCUUAAGAGUAUAUGAUUGUCUUACAAUCUAUGUCUAAACUCGUGUACCAGGUUGAGGCCCUUUACUCUGUCACUAAGUUGAAUUGUUCCAUGCAUCUCUAGACAACCUCUGUUGAAAGUUUUUUUUUUUAAUCAUCCCAUUUAUAUGUAGUACUUGUGAAGUGUUUACAUUUGUUUCUCCUGAUAUGGUGACCUUGUGUGUAGUGCUGUAGAGUAGGUUUGGCUGGGAUCUUUCAAGAGUCAAUUCUUCAAUUGAUUAUUUUUAUACUGACCUGGUUGUUUGUUUUUGUAAUCACACGAUAAUGAUUUUACCCUCCUGUUGAACUUAAUUGGUUCAGAGUAAGGCUUGAUGGUCUAUUGGGCCUCUCAAAAUAAUGAAAUUUAGAUAUGCUUAAAUUAGUUAAGUAAAUUUACUUUAAAAAACUGCAAAACCUUGCAUGAGAGAAUUAAUCAAAUGGUUUACCAAGGUCUGCUACUUAGUUACAUUCUUUGCUUUUCCUUAAAAUAGUUUUGUCCAAGAUUGGAACCUUUUUCAAUGAAUACAUUUUCCAUUCUAUUUGUGAAAGGAAAAGGACUUUGGGCUCACUUGCCACAAUUGUAAUUGAUUGAAAAGCCUUAAAGGUUUUCAUAGAAGGAAAAGAAUGAGAGGAAACUAAAUUUUAGAUAAAUAUCUUUCUCCCCAGGUCAUGAGCAGUUGAAAAUGUUGGAAGUGAUAAAAGAAGAUUCUGAACUUUUGGAGAAGCUCUCUAAAUAUUUGGAUCAUGAGAUGAGAGUAAUAAGGUGUUGGAAGCAUCUGGCCCAUGUUUUGGGUGUUCCUUCAGAUGAAACCAGGGAGUUUGAAAUGUACUCCGAGUACAGUCCCACAGAGGAUUUAUUUGUCUAUCUCACUGAAGUCUGGCGUCCUGAAUUAGAAGUCGAGGAACUCAAGCAGAAACUCCAGAAAAUUCAUCGCAAUGAUUUGAUUGAAAGCUUGAACACAGGUACAGCAUUUGUAGUAAUAAAUGAUAAAAUACUUAUCACAGGUUCUAUCAAUUAAGGAAAUUGCUUAGGGUGGGGAAUGGUCAGAGAACUACCAAAGAAUGUUACUGCAAUUGAAACACAAUUUGUUUAUUUCCUUAGCUUUCUGUUGCCUAAUUGACUAAGAACUUAUAAAUAAUUUUUUUUGUUUUAAUCUUCUGAUUGCCACUAUUAAGCUGACAUUUAAUGUUUAAUGUCAAAUGUUUUUCUCAAUUUUUAUCUCAAUUUUCCUCUUUGUUUGUUACCGUUUUGUUUUAUUUGUUCAUUUAUUUUCUGUUUGUUUGUUUUUUAAGGUAUUGUUUGUUUCAAUAACAUAUCAAGCUUAAGGCAGUACCAGAGGUUAACUCAACCUUUUUGGAAUGCUUUCAUUUUCUAAAAUAUUAAAGAUUAUUGUUGAAAAUAGCCUAAUUGCAAAAUUUUUACUCAAAUCUCAUGGCAAAAUAGAGAUACAAUCUUGGCCCUAUGGUUUGCAGCUCAUGCAGUAUUUCCUGUAGAUGACAAUUCUGACACAUCCAUUUUGUAAGUUACCAUUCGGGAAUGAAAUAUGAAUUACUUUCUUACCAUGAAUGGAAAUUGAGAAAGAGUUCUACAGUACCUGGCCAAUAAUGUUUUCCAAGCAAUGGAAACACAACUGUGUUUCAUAAGCCUCUUAUUCUAAAAAUUUGUGAUGAUAUUUCUAAUUUUCAGGACACACCGCUAUAAUAAGCAAGCAAAUAACCAUGCACUAUAUUUAAUUUAUUUUACUACAUUUAACAGAUUGAAGUUGUUACUUUUAACUGCCCACACCACCUUGUAUUUUUGUGGUACCUGAUGAUGCACUUUUCUUCUUUUCCCUUCCCAGCUGAAUAAUGGCAAUUUCUUUAAUUAAGAGAGAGCCUAGAACAUUCACUGCGAUCUGUCCUUUUGUGUUGCUUUUCCAUCUCACUCCAAUGCAUAGCAUGGGUGCCAAGAUAGUCUCAACAUCGCUGGAUAAAUUUCAUUGCUACAGAUGUUUAUAGUCUCAUAUUCUAAUUGGUUUGAGGGGAAAAAUCCAUUGCAAGAGAAAUGUGGCAACAUUGCGCUUUUUUGCAUUUACUGCUGCAGCCAUUUAUCACUGGCUUACACAAGAUAACGAUUGAAGAAGGCAAAGUAAACAUGGAUUCUUUGACAAAUUCUGCCAAAGAUAUUGCUACUUUUCACAAAUUAAUGAGUGAAGCUAUAUUGUGCCAUGCCACUGCAACAUCAUUAUUUCACAGAAUAUUUAUUUUUUUAAUCUAAAACUUGGCAAACCAAAACUACAUACUACAUGUAUGAGGAAAAUUUAUAGUGCAGUCCAACACAGUCCACAAGAAAUUGACCAAAUGAAAAGGUAUUGCAUCUUAACAGUAAUUUUUUGUUUUCAUUUUUUGAGGAUAAAAUUGUCAAAAUAAAAUAUUAUUUGGCAGACUGCACUGAAAAUCUUCAUUACCAUUAUCUUUGUGCAUGGGCAAAACCAUUUUGUGUAAUAUCAAAUUGGCUUAGAAUCAUAGAUUAUAUGUGAAAAUUUCAAGUCUGUGCAACAAAUCUGUCAUGAGAUAUUUUAAUUCCAAAAUUGUUGAAAAUUCACCAAAUUAGCCUCGGGUACCACCUUCAGUUGUGGAUCCUCUUUUUUCUUUAAUUGUACAAGUGUAAUUAUAACAUUUAUUUGCUUGAUUUUUGUUUCAUGUCAGGGCUUUUCAAAGAUAAUAUGAAGGUGGGUCAUCUCAUCUCUGGUGAAACAAAGUUCAUUAAGUUAUUGUCACCAAAACUUGAUAUAAACUCAAGAACCAUUGGAAACUGGAGAUCUUUGGCAUCAGAGUUUGGUAUCACAAAACAAGUGGCAGAGAAAUUUGGAUUACGUGGUUCAGGUCCUUCAGCAGCGCUGUUUCGGUACAUUGCCUCAACAGAGAAGCUCCGUGAUUUGACUAUGUUGAAGCUGCAUGACCAUUUUGAAGGCAUGGGGAGAAAAGAUUUGGUGAAUUUAUUGAAAAAAGAGUUUGAAAAUAAAAACAUUGAAGGUUUGUCUUUCAUAGGUUAGGUUACUUGUCUGGUCGAAAAGUAGAAUAAUGUGCACACUGUACAUAGUAUGUUCAGGAGUGCCUAGAUUCUGUUAUGAAAAAUUAUGAAAACAUUUCUGCUAUUUGAAAAGCAGCCUAGAACCAUGUGAUCAUGGCUUAAGUUUCUUUUUUUUUCUUUUUCUUUUUUUUUUUUUCAAAUAGAAUGUGGAAUACUUGAGACUGUAAAAAAAUAAAUGCCAUUUUUCUUUAAUGGACCCUUAAGUUCAAAAUUGACCAUCUUUCCUACUUUGUUUUCUCACACAAAGCUUUCAACCUUUCUGAUCUUAGCAGCAUGUGGGAGGCUUGUCACAUUUGAGCUUUAGGCUAGCUCAGCAGCAAGUUGUCAUCCAAGUGUUCCAUACACUCCUUUUUAGAAAGGCAGACUUUUCCCCAUUUUCUUACUGUAUCAAAAUUCAAAGGGAUACUGGUGUUCAAACUUAAAUUAUUAUAUUUUUUGUUUCAAUUUGUAACCAUAACAGGGAGUAUGUUUGUUAGAAAUGUGGUCAUAGAUGAGUCACCGCUCCUAACAGAAAUAGGAGACCGUCUUAACAAAGAUAUCCGAGCAAUCAAGAACUGGCGCAAUUUGGCAUACAGAUUGAAAAUUCCCCCCGAGACUUAUAAAGCAUUUGACAGUUCUAAAGCUGAAGCAAAGAGCCCUACUAAGAUGAUGUUUGCGUGGCUUGCUCGAUGGAAGCCAAAUCUAAGUGUGGGUGAUUUGCUGGAAGGCAUCAAGAAAAUUGAUCGCUAUGAUGUGGUGGAGCUUGUUACAAAAGAGGCUGAAAUAGGUGAGUGUACAUACAGUUUAGCCCCUCCCAAGAUUCACUGUUGCCUCCGGGAGUGGUCAAUUACAAAUGAGGUAAAGCCAGGAAGAUUCUAAAUUUUGAUUCAUAGCCUGUUGUUUUAUCCCAAGUUUUCACCUUUAAUGAACUUAAAACUUCUAAAACAAGGUUGGCCUUCACAAAUGACAAAUGCACCUGCUAAUACAACUUCCACUGGACCAGGAAAAUUUGAUCUCAGUUACUGGUUGAAUAUAGUUGUUGUCAGAAUAUGGUUUGACUGGAUCCCUAUUGGAUGAAAGUCUUCCGUCAAAAUUUUGUAACACAACCUUUUACAUCCCUUUCACCUAAUUUUCAAGAGGUAUGCAAUAUGAUCAAGAGCAGUGAAAAAAAAAUUUCUAUGAUGCAUCAGUAACUUCAUACCUCUCAUAGCAUUGAAAAGCUUAAUGUAAUGGUAAAAACUUCCUUUAUGGAAAAAAGAAGAAACCAGAUUUCCCAUCUUUGGGUCAAAAAAGACACAAAAGCCUUUUCCUUACCUUUGUUUUCUAGGUCAAAUAUUAUGGUUGAAAAGGGCCCUAAUGAUGUAUUUGCUUGUUUUUGCUUUGCUAGUUUUUCAGAAAAAAGAGCAUGGAAAUGCUGCAGCUCAACAGUCUACAGGUUAAUAUUUUUACUUUUGAGAUAUAUAUAUAUAUAUAUAUAUAUAUAUAUAUAUAUAUAACAUUUAAUGCCUUGAGUCCUGUAGCUAGGACUUCUGUGUGGCAGCCACUCCUACUAUUUUAUUUCAGUGAUGGUUCUGACUUCUUCAAAGGCUAGCAUAUCAAUAAAAGCGCAAUUUAUUUGUUUUUCAAUUGUGUGGAAGCAGAAGGCCUAGUGGCUUAUUCCAGGGAAGGAGAGCACACCCAGGUUCUAGUGAUGUAGGUAUCUGCUACAUUGAGGGGUAAGGUUAUCAGAAAUAAGACUGGAACAGCAUACUCAAAUCAGAGAUGCUUGGUUUGAGUAGAAUAUGUUUAACUAGAAAUAGUUAGGAAGAAUUUUAUUUAGGUUGGUCUUUUUUUCUUUUCAACAAACACCGCUCUUCCUUGCCUGUCCAUAUUUUAAGCAGGGACACAAGUGAUUAUGAAAAAGGGAAGAACUUUUUGAGCAGUAGAAAGUUUUGGAUGAAAUAAUUUGAGUGGCCAGUGUAAGAUAUGGUUGAAAGUGAAUCCACAUAUGAUGACAAAUGUUAAAAGUUAAGUGUUCCAGCAGCAUUUAACUGUACAUUAAAUUUCAUUUGUGGAUUAUGCUAAUGAAACAUAUACCUCCCUAGGUCUAUGUAAUUGUCUAGUGCUCAUGUACCAUGUUGAGACCCUUUACUUUGUCAGGAAGGGGGAUUGUUCCCUGCAUAUCUAAGCACAAUUCUAUAAACAAACUCAGCUUAGAGAAUCUUUUUGUAAUUGACCCAUUUAUUUGUGGUACUUUUGAAGUGUUUGCAUUUGUUUCACGUCAUAUGGCGACCUUUUGUAUAGUGCUGUGUAUAAAGCUUGCCUCCGAUUCUGUGUGAUGCUGCGUUGGUCUUCGUCGAUAAAUUGAUGAUGUAGUAAGUCCCAUUUCAUAAAAUGAUAUUGUAGUGAAUCCCAUUUCGGUAUGACUAAAAUAACCACAUCUCAUAUUGACAAAAUUAUCGAAGGGGUGUUGUGGUCAGUUAAGUAGAAUUUGUUAUCUAACCUCUCCCAAGGAAAGGAGCUAAAAUAAAGGAAUCAUGGUCUAUUUUUUAUUUUAUUUUUUCAGCAAAGCAACUCAGUGAUCUAGUGCAAAUGCACUUGGAAAAGGACAAGGAGAAGUGCUCAAUUUCAAAUCUGGCGAAGAAAGCUGCCACUGAGGGUUUCGUAAUUCAAGACAACGAUGGAGGAGGAAACUGCAUGUUUCACGCCCUGUCCAGGCAACUGGAAAUUAUACUGGGACUCCAAAUCUUUCAUGGUGAUUUGAGGAACGAGAUUGUCGAGUACCUUAAAAACCAUCGUAAGCUGGUAAGGGAAACUGCUUAAUGAUGAUUUGUGAGAGGAAAAAAUACUCAUCAAAAUGGCUCAAAACGACUCUCCGGCUGAAAAAACGGCAUUUCAUUCCUUUUGCAAAUUGAUGUUUGUUUAAAUAGGGCCUUUAACGUCUGCGUCGCAAGUGGAGGUUGGGUGCCCAUGGGCCAGGGGACUGCAACCGCAAUUACACCCCAAGGCGGAAGAACACCCACAGGCAUACCAACCUGCAACCCAGCCACGAGCUCCCCCACUAUAGCACCCGUCACAAUGAGGCCAGAAGCCCAGUGGAAGUAAAAUGCACAAACCCCCGAAAGAAGGGAAAAACAAAAUCCCGGGAAGGAGGGGGAGACCCUAAACCAGGAAAGUGGAGGGAGGGAGGGGAACCAAGAGAAACGCCAGGGCUCGAACUUAACUUUUUUGUCUACUAGCAAAGUUUUGCCAGUAAGAUUUUUUUUACUAGCAAAAGAAGGAACCUAACUAGCAAAUGUUUGCUAGAGGAUAUUUUUUAGACUCGCAACUUCGAAAAACCACUCGCAUUUCGCGAGUUUGCGAGUGCUAAUUUCGAGCCCUGAACGCUACGCCACUAGAACGCCAUGCCACGUCACGCUAUCAAAGCUUCGAGUACAACGCAAACAAAACGUAGGCACAUGGCUUGCGCAUUCGCCAAAGCAACGUACCGCUGGACAGGAAUCUGCCCCCGUGCUCACGAACAAUGGUAAACGCAACAAAACAAACAUAGUUACAUAACAGCGCUACAAACGGCCCUCACACCACCAAAGAACGCCAAAACACUCGAGACCACAGCUCCAAGUCGUUAACUACAUAAAUAUGAUUUAAUUGUAUUUUUAAAAAUAUAUAUUUUUGUGGUAUGUUGAGGACACAAAGAAUUUUUAGUUGGCAGUGUGUGUAAACAAUAACCCAGAGAAUUCCCCCCUUUAAAAAAGCCUCUCUCUCCUUUACCGUCCCCCCCCCCUUCCCCUUCGUCAAAAGUGUAAAGGACGCGAUUCCAAAGACAAAAACCAAAAAAGUAAAAAACUCAAACUUUAUUUUACGUUUUGAAAGUAUGAAUUUUCUAUAUUGUUGUCUUUUUUAGCCCAAAGUUGGUGAUCUUUUUUCAUUCAUUUAUGAUAAAAAAUCAUGGCGCGAAUUUUUAGACUGCAUGGCAGAAGACGGCACUUGGGGAAACCAUGUGGUGCUUGUGGCCGCCGCAAACAGAUAUGGAACUCCUAUUCGCGUGAUCAGCAGUGUGACAGAUCAUGAAGAUAUUUGGGUCACUCCAAGUUCCGCAUCCAGCCAAGACACUGAGCCGCUGGUGCUGGGACAUGUUUUUGAGUGUCACUACGUCAGUCUUGAACCAAAAUCCAUGUCAGGUAAAACAUAUACUGUCUUGCUAACUGCUAUCUGCCUUUCGGUGUCAUGAAACAUUUAAUGACUGGGAAAGAUUUUCUCGAUUGUAGCUCACUUACGCGUUUCUCAUUUAGCCCAAUUUUAUUUUUUAGCUCAUCGUUUGAAGUAAAUUUUCGUCGUCCAUACCUGUUGCCAUAUUUGUCCUUUCUUUAUUUAAAAUUUUUUUUUACCUCUGUGGCGCAUACCCUUUGAGUCCGAAUGAGGACCACGUCUCCCUAGUGUAUAAUAUCGUAACGAAGCUGCCUCGCAGUCCGUGGAAAAAAAAUUCAGAUCCCGCAGUGAGACCUCACUUUGCUUGACCUCUCUCCUCUCUUUGAAACUGGUGAUGCAGUACACUUUUGGGGAUAGCAGCUGAAUGAUCCUUUGUUACAGAAAGGUUCUUUACCAUUUCUCAGUUGGGUUCCCUUCUACAGUGUGCAUAGACCAACACGGUGGAAAAAAUGGUUUGUAAACUUGAUAGGUCUCCCGGGAGGAAUUGAUAAUCCUCAGUUUAUCGACGACAAUGUUCGUUUGCCUUUGCCGGUCAUUUCUUAGGAUCCUAAACGAAAUAAUGAGCCAACUUAUCACUGUUUAUGUUUAAGCUAUAGGAGGAAACUUCCAAGCGUCAUUUGAAAACCGACCGUUUUCAACAAAAUCGGAGUAUGGACAGCUUUCCUUCGGUUCAACAUACCAGCAACAUCAGCAAUGCUAUCAGCAAGGACUGGCCUUAAAUCAACCAGAGGAAACUUGUAGAUCUCCAGGACCGUUUCAAUCACAGAGAAACUAUCUAUCAAACGGAUCCUUUAUUUCAUCAGGAUCACGAGUGCCCUUCUUUGAGGAGGAAAGACUUGCAAUAAAAGUGAGGCAGUUGCCAGUUGGAGUUUACUGCAAGAUUUGCAUGAAGCUGAGCGUCAAACGGAAUAUAACUUUUGACGAUUUUCGUAUGGUGGCUGAAAAGCUUGGCAUGGAUAGGGACACCAUGGAAUUUUUAGGCCAACAAAGUAACCCAGCUGAUGUUAUGUUCACCCAAUUUGGACGAAAUUUGCAGGUAAAUGGGCUGAUCAGAAUUCUUCACGAAAUGGAGCGGUUUGAUAUUGCAGCUGUUUUGGAGGAUUGGGUCGUAACAGGAAAUUUCAAUCAGUCCUAAGGCCUGACUAACAUCAGAAUUUUUAUUCUGUAAAUUUUAAGAGUUAUUGUUUUUGCUACAAAGAUGAAAAAGAAAGACGUUCACCAAACAAGAACUGAAGUGAUCUCUUCCAGGUAUUGGUUAAGAGUUUACCGAGUUAAGACAAAAUCAACGAAAUUGAAACAAUACCCAACUGGUAGAUCUGUCGAUAAAAGCUGCGUCAAACUAAAGAUCGGAAGCGACAAGAAACUUAAAGCACUUCUGGUGUCACAGGUCUGCAUGGUUAUCAAACCUUGGCCAUAACAGAUUGCCCCACACCAAAAAACGAAAUCGAAGAGAAGAGUUGAGGAAGACGAGUGGCUAUAUUUGUUUCGUUGUCUCCUCUCUUUUCUUAUUUCUAUUUAUACCACAGGUAAACGAGCCGAACGUAGGAAAUGGCUCUUGCAAUACGAAGGUGUGAGAUUUCAAGGCAGACUUCCGGUGGUCGGUAAAAUGCGCCAAAUUUCAAACAGCGAAGAAAAAGAACGUAUAUUAAUAUAAGCAGACACGCACAGCUUAAUAGUUUGAAAUUUGGCGAUCGUCGUCUGAAGGUUCGUUGGACGUAGAACUGUCUCAUGACAUGGUGUAGUUACAUUCAUGCUUGACUAGGAAUUUUCCUGAACUCCUAGCUUGGUAGUAUAAGAAGUGGAGUAGUUCGUUUUAUAAAAUGAAUUGUAUGGUUAUUUAGACUAUUAGACUUGUUCAAUGUGUUAGCCUUUUCGUGAUACCAAACAGUUCAAGCGAAUUUCCAAACGUUUGAUAUAAUCGGAGAAAAAAAAUUACCAGAAAAGUUUUUAAGUUUCUCCGUGAUAUACAGUUUGUGUCUAUAUUUGCAUCCUUGUCCAUAUUUGUUCUUUUUCAGUUUUUGCAAACCUCUUUAGUGUUUAUCUACGUCAGUAAGAUUUUAUUAGAAGGUCUCGUUCAGUUUUAAGGCAAUUUUUUACUAUCGAAUGGAAAACUGACUCAAAAUAUUGCGAGGCAGACAGCAUGACCAAUUACUUUCCAGGUAUUGGUUUAUCACGCAGACUAAUCUUGAAGUAGCUCCUUUUAUAAUGGGAUAUGCGUAGGUUUUUCAUAACUACUUGCUCAGUGUUUUUUGUUGUUUUUUUUUUCUUUUCGUUGUUGAUUUUGUUAUUUUAUUUAAACGAAAAGUGGCAUUCUGGAGGACUGAUCAUUGCUAAAAGAAGCCGAUGUAUUAAAUGGUCUCUGUAUUUAAUUGGAAGUUGAUAGGUAGAGUUCGUGAAAGUCGUACCCCCACUUAUUGAAUCGCCAUACGGCUGAUCUAUAGCCCAGCGACUGAGAACGUGAAAAAUAACUUAGCUAAUUAUUGUGUGUUUAAGAAACAAAAAAAGUUUUAGGUGAACUGAGUAAGCAGUAAUAAGUAAUAAGAGACUGAAUGAUUUUGUAAUUAAACCAUCAAU